AUGAAGUCUGGACGACCCUCGGUCGACGAUCUAAGCUCGCGUCGCAGCGAAGGAGCUUCCUCGGCUGCUCCCAACACACCCGAAGCCAAUCAUCACGACUCACCGGGCGAUGAUUCCAAAUCCUACUCUCGCGGCACUGGCAAGCGCAAUCGCGUCCAUUUUGCCUGCACAGAAUGCUAUCGCAGAAAGCAAAAGUGCAACCGGGAGACACCUUGUCAGCAUUGCAUCGCUCGCAAGAUCCCGGAAAGGUGCAAGACAUUCCAGCCAGGCGAGGAGACCAACGAUGUAGCCUCUCGCCUCAAUCGAGUCGAGCGCAUUCUCGAAGACUAUCUUCCCAAGCUUGCUCAGCAGAUCGAGCAUCUCGCUUCAGCCACGCCUUCUGCUUCCGCUUUUCACAGCCACAAUGCCACCGCAUCAGGCAGCCGUCUAUCAGCUUCUCGAAGCACUGCGACAUCGAAGCCAGUAUGGCCCGACAGCAGCUUCGCCAAGUCGCCGGAGCAAAUGCACUCUCGAUCCAACGAUCAGGACGACGAUGGCAACGACGAGCUCGAGACCGACGGUCGAUACAGUCCAAAGACAGGCUUCUACAACGGUGGAUCCAUGGACAUGCGCAUCAGCUCGAUUCUCGACGAUCUUCCAGGAAGCUCGACCAAAUCGACUCCUCUCAACCUUCCCAUCCGAACGCUAGAGGGCCCUUCUGAUCUGGACGUUGUCAUGCCCGAAUACGGCUGCCCAACAGCCCCCACCCCUGAUCUGCUUGGUGCUUUCAGCACCCGUGCCCACUGCAAUGUCCUCAUCGAUCAUUUCUUCAAUGACAUCAACUGGAUGCGUCAGCCCUUGCCGCAACAGAGCCUUCGCAAGUCGUUUGAGGCUUUCUGGAAUUCCGGUCCCAAGAUCAACGCUUCAAACAUCAACAUCUUUGCACUCCUCUGCAAUGUAUGCGCCAUCGCUAUGCUCUCAGUUCAACACCCUCUCUUCCCAGAAGGGCCGCGCGAUCGACUUAAAGCUGCACGACGCUAUCACUAUGCAGGCCGACGAGCGCUGCUUAUGAGCUCCAUCAUGGGUCGUGAGGAUGUCGACCAGAUCGUCGCAUGGCUUGCCUCUUGUCGUUUCCUUCUGCUUGACCGUCGUAUCGGCGAAGCCUAUACACUCGGCUCUUCUGCUGUCCGAGCUGCCUUCAGUAUUGGACUGCAUCGCGAUGGUACAAAGCUCGGGCUUUCCCCCGCCGAAACUGAGGCCCGAAGGCGUGUAUGGGCUUCUGUCUAUUUCCUUGACAGAGCGCUCGCACUCAAUACUGGCCGUCCUGCGGUCAUUGACGAUCGCGUCUGCGACACGCAGGUACCUAGCGGAGUCAUGGACGAAGACAUCUUCCCGGCGCCCAAGCAUCCACCCAAGAUGCCAGAAGGCGUCGAACCUCCCACUGCUUACAGCUAUACCGUCUUCCGUCAGCGUAUCGCCGAACUCGAAGGUCGCAUCCUCGCAACUUUCCAGAAUCUGCAGCAUCCUGUGCACGUCAGCGACGUUCUCGCCCUCGACAAGAGCAUGCGCGAACUGCAGGACGGCUUGCCUUUCUACUUCCAGGCGCGCCUCACAAAAGAUGGCGUCGAGUGUGACAAGUCCCUCGAUUCGACCUACGGCUUCCUCAACGUUCAUCGCUUCCUUUUGCAUACCGAAAUCAACUCGGUUCGUAUCGCUCUGCAUCGACCAUACCUGCUUCGCUCGGGUGGCCCGAACGGCGCCAAGUUCUUGCCGUGUCGCGAAGCCAGUCUCAACGCCGCUUUGCACGACUUGGAGAUGCGAAGUGACUUUGUGCAGAGCCUCAAGAAGCUCAAGGUGGACGACGAGCCAUUGCUCCUCUAUCGCGUCCAGAUUGGCACCUACAAGUACUUCCACUCCUUGCUCGUAGUUGGCGUGGUCCUGCUCAUGGACCCGAACAAUCGUGAUGCACCCAAGCUCAAAGCGCAUCUGGAGCAUUACGUCAACAACUACCAACGUCGGCCCGCAAUUCAGCGCGAUGAGAUGCGAGAUCGCGAAGCCAACGUCAUCGGCAUAUUCUUAUCACGUAUCGAACAGGUCGAAAAACUGGCUGCUGCCUCCAAAGACAGCUCGACGUCUGCGAACAACCAUUCUCGCGCGCCAAAAAGAGGUCGUUCGACCGAUGCGGCUAAGCGCAACGAGAGCGAUGCGAAAGCUAGCAAGCGCAGCAAGGAUGCUGCAGCGGAACGUGGAGACCAGAAGUCUGAUGCUCACCUGCUGCUCGGCCUGGGUGGUAGCCGAUCUGGCCAGGACAAAGAAACGGGCUCGGACAGCAAGAACGGCUCGAGUACAGACGCCAAGUCCCGCUCGCUGCUGCACCCGUCGAACAAGAUCGAGAGUCUGACUCAGUCGCCACGCCAAGAUUCAGCUUCAGCUAAUUCGUCGGCGCCAGCAGCCAAGCGCAAACCCGGAACAGGCUCAGCCACCGCUUCUCGACAAGGAUCCGGAGAGUGGUCCUUCGACCCGCGUGAAUUGACCAAUGCUGUUGGCCCUAGUCCCUCCGGGAGCAGCUCCAAUAGCCCGUCCACCUCUUCGAUGCCCGUGGCAUUCUCCAACACCAACGUGGGAGGCGACUCUCUGACCACAGCUUCGUCGACGUCAUCCUUGGCUCCUGCCCCGAAUGGCGGCGGCGAGGAUGCGCAGCAAUUCUUUGAUGCAUGGUACCAGGCCGAAUGGGCAGCCGCCACGAUGCCUUCAUACGACGCAGCUUACAAUGGAGCCAACGGCGUUGGAGGUGGUGCAGCUGGUGCCAGCCUUGGUCUCGACUCGCUGGGCAGUCUUGGCGGAGUCUUUAACUCUGUCGGCAACGGCUCAACUUCGCUUGGUCAGGGACUGGGCGGAGGCUUCAACGGACUAGGUGGAGCUUCGAUUGGCGGUUACGCACCAGGAGCACCUAGUGGAAGCGGAGCAGCUUCACGCGCAGUACCGGGUGCCGGCGGACAAGGUUUCACUCCGAGCGCAGUGAUCAGCGGAUGGACCUCGCAAACCGGACCCAUCUCUUCGAGUUCUGCGACAGAGCCUUCCACCGCGUCCACCUCGCUGGCACAGCUUCUCUCGAGCGCUCCCAGCGUCAACACAUCCAAUUCGCUCUGGCAGCAGCAAGACGCAGCGCGAGGUCAAGCUAACCGGGUCCAGUCAAACGAUGCCAUGGGAGCUCCUGAUGGCAGCAGUGCAUCGUCCUUUGGCGCUGGCUUCUUGAACUCGGGAACGAACGUUUCAUCACAGGCCGAAGGUCCACAAACUCUACUCAACUUUGACGGUCAGGGUUCAGAAUCGUCCGUUCCCUCAGGCCCAGGCCAGCAGAAUUUCGAUCCUUCAUUCUGGCAGACAUUAAUCGACAAGAUCAUCACCUGA